CGGAAGUUAUGAGGUGUCCAGGAGGGAGAGACGCCGGAAGUGAAGGGAAACGACCCAUGAGCAUGGAUCGCUACAGGUACUUCAUCCUGAACCAGAAGCUGGCAGUGCUGUGGGGGGUUCUGCAGGUGGCCUGCGCCAGUCUGUGUGUCGUAUGUGGAUUUAUAGAUGCGGCUUUCCGUGUGGACACGACUCUCUGUAAAACCAGAGCUCCUCUGUGGGCUGGACUGAUCAUGGCCAUCCCUGGGGUGCUUGCACUUUUUGCCUCGCAAAAGAAAAACCCCACGCUGGUUAACAUCAUGAUCGUUUCAUCGGUCAUCUCUCACGUCGCCACUGUGAUCAUAUUAAUUUACGCCGGUGUGACGCUCAGCUACGGAGAGGAAGACGAUGAACUUUUCCACCCCAAUCACAUCACUGAAGUGAAGUUUGUCCUGAGCCGCAUGGUGAAGGGAGCGAACAGCACCAUGGUGUUGGCGGGAGUCUGCUCGAUCAUCUUCUCCUCCCUCAUCGCGUACAUGGGGUGCCGCAGUCUGCCGCUCUGUGGCUGCUAUGAUUCAGUCACAGGCAUGGAGACUCUCGUUCCUCAGAAUGAUCCGAGCGCUUCAGCUGAACUGGUCUGUUCAUGGCAUGGUGGAGACGAGCGGGUGUUUAACUCGCCCGUGUCCUUUACGGAGCGCUGUCCUGAACGGGAACAGGAACUCUCUACGCUUCCUCCUUAUAGCAGAUUCGCAUAGGCACUGAAGUGUGCACUUCUGAGUGUGCACUCACCUGUAAACACUGUGUGCCAUUCAGUCUCAGUGAAUUUUGAGCAGAAGUCUCUCCGGUAUUUCCGGGUCCUGAAGAGAGGAACGUGAAGCUUCUGAGUCCAGUUCCAUAGAUUUCCUUGUCCUGACUGAAAUUCUUAAGUGCCAUUUUACUGUAUGCAAUGUUU